AUGGUUUCAUAUUGUUCUCCAUGGAAUGAUCGAUCAUUAACACAAUGUUUAAUCGAAUGUUCAAAUAAUCGAUCAAAAUGUUUUCAUCGUUUUGUUAAUAAAUCUCAAUGGAUUGAUGGUCUUGAUAUUUGGUCUUCAUCAAAUAUUAUCAGAAAUAAUUCAAUAUAUGAACAUAAUAUUGAUUUUCAUCGAGAUAUCGGUCUUUAUUUACCUCGAUGUGGAAAAAAUAAUAUUCAAGAAACAUUUUUUGACAAUGAUUCUAUUUAUUCAAAAAAAAUAACAAAUAAUUUUUUUCCUGAACGUCUUAAAAAAUUAUUUAAUAAAGAAAAAGAUCUAUUAAUAAAUGAUAAACAUUCAAAUAUAUCUUCAUUUGAUGAACAAUUAUCAUCAAUUGAAGAUAAGCAGUUAUCAAAAUCUUUUCAACAAUCAAAAUCAACUAAAAUAACAUCAAGUCAAGUUCAUUUCUCACUUCGUCAAAUAAAAACUCAAAAUAGUUCACGAGGAAAACAAUCAAAACAAAUUCACCAAUCAAUUUAUCAGAAAAGUUUAAAAUCAAUAUUAAAAGAACAAUUAACAAGUUUAUUUACUCGUGAAACAGCAAAUAUAAAUCAUAAACGAACCCUUUUAAAAAUACCUUUAGCACAAAUUCGACAUCCAAAUAUACCCUCGAAAACGGGUCCAAUAAUAGAUUCAAAGUUAAUUAUUGAACGAUAUGAUAAAUUACAACAAUUGUUAAUAUCUCGAACAGUUAGUCAAGCUACGUUAAAUAAUAAAUUAGCUAAGAAUCAUCAAUCUCCAUUAAGUUAUCAUGAAACGGCAAGUUUCGCUUUAAAUGUAACACCAGUUGAUUUUUCUUCUUCAAAAAAUUUUGAAAGUUCUUCUUUCGAAACGAACUUUGAUCAAGAAAAUCCUGCAUCCAAAAAUCGUCGCUUAAUUUCUCUUCGUUGUUCGAUUAAUAAAAAUGAAGAAGAAGAACGAAUAUUAUCAAAAGUUAAUAUUGGAAAAGAAUUUUUAUCAUCAUCAAGUGAUAUUGUAUUUUUAAAUAAAAAUUCAAUCAAUGAACAAAGUCAAACAAUAAAAAAAUUCUAUCAUCAUCGUCGUUCACCACCAAAUAUUAUAAUUCAACGAUCAAAAAAUUUUGAAUUAUUACCAUCAUUGGUUCCAGGAAAACGUCUUCAUUUUUCCAUUUCAAACCAUCGGCAUUAA